AUGACUGCAACACCGUCCUAUGAAGAGCGCUGUGCCGCAAAGCGUGCCCAACAACUCUCUUCAAUUCCGCCUGAGUGGCGCCUGAAACAUGUUCCCUCUGCCGAAUCAGUCCCCGAUGCCCUCAAUUAUAUCCGUGGGCUUCUCACACCCCAUGAGCUUGCUUUAACCGAAGUGACAAAUAUCACCGUCCAUCUCCAGGAUCUGGCAAGCGGGAAGCUGACCUCGGAGGAACUAACCAAAGCAUUCGCUAAGCGUGCCGCAUUUGCACACCAACUGACGACGUGCUGCACGGAGAUUUUUUUCGAGGCAGCUUUCGCUACUGCUAGAGCUCUCGAUGAACAUCUCGCAAAAACCGGCUCGCCCGUGGGUCCGCUUCAUGGACUGCCGGUCUCUGUGAAAGACUCAUUGAGAGUCAAGGGUGUGGAUACUUCUGUCGGAUGGGUGGCUCUGACAAACAAACCUUCCGAGGUGGACGGAAAGGAAACGCGAGCAUUACGUCGCCUCGGUGCCGUUUUGUACACGAAGACAAACGUCCCACAGUCCCUGAUGAUGUCCGAUUCCUACAACCAUGUCUUUGGUCAAUGCGUGAAUAGCCUGAACCGUCGCCUGAUCUCCGGGGGUAGCUCUGGUGGCGAGAGCUCGUUGAUCAGUAGCAAAGGUAGUAUCCUGGGAAUUGGAACGGAUAUUGGUGGGUCCGUUCGAAUUCCCGCAAGUCUGUGUGGUAUCUAUGGAUUAUGCCCUAGUGUGGGUAGACAGCCAUUUGACCGGCAAGGUAUGAGCAGUGCUCGACAGGACUUAGUGCGUCCAGUUGCUGGUCCAAUGGCAACAAGUCUGGAAACAAUUGAGAUAUAUAUGAAGUCAUUACAAAAAGCCUCUGCGUGGGAAUUUGACCCAGAACAAGUGCCUCUCCCUUGGGGCCUGCGCCGCCCCUCAACUCAGGGAAAUCAUUUCAAGAUUGGCUUUGUACUUGAUGAUGGUGUCGUUAAAGUCCAGCCUCCGAUUGCAAGAGCUAUUCGAGAAGUUGUUGAGGCUUUGAGGGCAGGAGGUCACGAAGUGUUUGAAUGGGACGCUUCGUCGCACAAAAAUGCCUACAAAUUGUGGGAAAAGUGCAUCCUCUCUGGCGGUGGAGAGACAUGUCGCAAGAUGUGCGAGAUGAGUGGUGAGCCUUUGAUCGAGGGCAUGUUAGUCGGGACACCAUCAGAUCUUUUGACGACUGCUCAGACCCACCAACUCGUGUCGGAAAAGUACGAUUUUGAAUCAAUGUAUCUCGAGCGUUGGACGGAGUCUAAUGUAGACGCUGUGAUUAUGCCCGUAACUCCCUGGGUGGGUUACAGUCCCCGGACAUGGGUAAAGUCACAUCAAUAUGUUGGAUACACCAGCAUCUGGAACUUCUUGGAUUAUGCUGCCCUAGCAAUGCCUGUCACUACAGCAACGAAGUCAGAAGAUGCCCCCAUCCUUCACCAAGACUGGAUGCAGCACACGCCAAGAAACAAAAGUGAUUCUUUCAAUCAUGCGCAGUACGAUAUCAACUUGGUUGAAGGCAUGCCUGUCGGCAUGCAAGUGGUGGGUGGCCGAUUUGGAGAGGAAAAGUGCAUUUAUGUGGCAAGAGCUAUUGAGCAAGCGCUGGAAAAGCACGGAAAGCGACGUGUUUGA